AGGCGCGACGUAACUCUUCGAACUCGAUUCGUGGCGAGCUUCGGAUUCCGUCGUCCUUUCGCGAAAAUGGCGGCCGGAGCGGGUAAACACAAGUUGAUGAAUGCUGGCCCCACGGAACCGUGGUCUGUUCGAGAGAAGCUGUGCUUGGCUUCUUCUGUCAUGCGAAGUGGGGACCAGAACUGGGUAUCUGUCAGCAGAGCUAUUAAACCCUUUGCAGAACCAGGCCGCCCACCGGAUUGGUUUUCUCAGAAGCACUGUGCAUCACAAUAUUCUGAGCUCCUGGAAACAACAGAGACCCCAAAAAGAAAACGUGGUGAGAAGGGAGAAGUGGUAGAAACUGUAGAAGAUGUUAUUGUGAGAAAGCUGACAGCAGAACGAGUGGAGGAGCUUAAGAAGUUGAUUAAGGAGACGCAGGAAAAGUACAGGCAGCUGAAGAGAGAUGCAGAACUGAUCCAGGCAGGACAUAUGGAUCACAGGCUGGAAGAACUUUACAAUGACAUUGUGGUGAAAAAAAGAGUAGAAGAAGAGGAAGCUGAAGUGAAGAGGAAAGCUACAGAUGCUGCUUAUCAAGCUCGUCAAGCAGUUAAAAAUCCACCACGAAGGAUGCCAGGAAUGAUGGUCCGUUCUCCAGCAGGGUCAGCGUCACCAGGAGCAGACUAUGCUCUGGGAGACUUGUCUCAACCCAGUGUGGAAGAGACAAGUCCAGGGGUAACUCCAGGGACAUUGCCCAGCACCCCAGUUGCCUCCUUCAUUGGGAUCCCUGACACCCCUAUGGGCUCCACCUCCCUGGAUGCCCCCUUGACCCCAGUCACAGAUGAUUCAACCCAGAAAAAGAUGCUAGGACAGAAAGCAACUCCGCCUCCUUCUCCUCUGCUUUCAGAGCUGCUGAAGAAAGGCAGCCUCCUGCCCACAAGCCCCAGGCUGAAUACGAAUGUGUUUUGGCAGGUGGCAGAGGCUGAGCUCUCUGUUGCUACUGGUCAUCCAAGCAGCUCUGGCCUCCUCCUGGAAGUGGGAGGAGUUCUUCCAGUACUACACAGUGGGGAAAUGCAGUCCACUUCUACCACUAUUCCUGCGACCCCUGCUGCUUCAGGUGCUCCUACUCUUUCCCGCCUUUUAGAAGCUGGUCCAGCACAAUUCACCACAUCGCUUGCUUCCUUUUCUGCUGUUACCAGUGAACCUCCAGCCAAACUCCUGCCUCCCCCUAUAGAGUCCGUGUCUCAGGCCACCAUAGUCAUGGUGCCCGCACUACAAGCGCCACCUGCUGUGCCACCUGCUGCAACUCCAGAAAGUGUAGCGACAGUGAGUCAGCCCAACACCUGUGUUUCCAUGGAGGCAGUGCCUGAUCCUCACACUGUGACAGUAUCAAUGGACAGCAGUGAAAUUUCCAUGAUCAUUGAUUCCAUCAAGAAAGACUGCCUGGGCUCUGGGGCAUCUGGUGCUGUAGGGACUUCCAAAGACCACAACAUGGAUGGCAAAGAAGACCUGGAUCUGGCUGAGAAGAUGGAUAUUGCAGUUUCCUACACAGGGGAAGAGCCUUCCUACACUGGGGAAGAACUUGACUUUGAAACUGUUGGGGACAUCAUAGCUAUCAUUGAGGACAAGGUGGAUGAUCAUCCUGAAGUCCUGGAUGUAGCAGCGGUAGAGGCUGCCUUGUCUUUCUGUGAAGAAAUUGAGGAUCCUCAGUCUCUAACCAGUCCUUGGGAGCACCCCCUCCAGCGGGAGCACCCAAUCCAACAGGACCACGAGAAGCAGAGCCAGUUGCCCCAAAUGACAGUGACGAUAAAGCAAGAAAGACCUGACUGUGAGGAAUUGGAAGCAAAAGGGAUCCGAGAUCUGAUGAGCCUUGGGGAUUUGGGAACAGAUAUAAAAAGUGAGCCUGCUGAGCAGGGGCAGGUACGUUUGGGCUCCGAAGAAGCUGAUGUGCUAGCAGCUAGAACAAGUGAAGCUUCUGAAUUGAGGGGCCACAUCUCUGAAGAUGAAGAGGCAGCAGUGGUUGGUUUGACAGGCUCUGAUAUGGACAUGGAAUCAACAAAGGAUGAAAUGGAUCGUGGCACUGUGAAGCCAGAGCUCCCCCCUGAUGAAGAGACUUCCUCUCCACAUCCUCCAAGUGCAAGCGAAGAUUCCUCACAGGCAGACGUCCAUCACAAAUACGAGCUGUCAGAAUCAAUGAAAGAUGAAGCUCAAGCUCUUUUUGAAAACCAGUUGAAGGGUGAAGAGGAUGAGGAGGAUGGUGCCAGCGAGGCUGCCAGUUUGGAGGAGCCCAAAGAGGAAGAUCAGGGUGAGGGAUAUCUCUCAGAAAUGGACAAUGAGCCCCCUGUGAGUGAGAGUGAUGAUGGCUUCAGUAUCCAUAAUGCACCUUUGCAGUCUCACACGCUGGCUGAUUCCAUCCCCAGCAGCCCUGCCUCCUCACAGUUCUCUGUUUGCAGUGAAGAUCAGGAGGCUAUUCAGGCACAAAAAAUCUGGAAGAAGGCUAUUAUGCUGGUUUGGAGAGCAGCUGCUAAUCACAGGUAUGCCAAUGUCUUCUUACAGCCCGUGACUGAUGAUAUUGCUCCAGGCUACCAUAGUAUUGUACAGAGGCCAAUGGAUUUGUCAACAAUUAAAAAAAAUAUUGAGAAUGGGUUGAUCCGAACCACAGCAGAAUUCCAACGAGAUAUUAUGCUGAUGUUCCAAAAUGCUGUUAUGUACAACAGCUCUGAUCAUGAUGUAUAUCACAUGGCCGUGGAAAUGCAGCGAGAUGUCUUGGAGCAGAUUCAGCAAUUUCUAGCCACACAGUUGAUAAUGCAGACAAAUGAGUCUGGGAUCAGUGCAAAAAGUCUCCGUGGACGAGAUUCUACUCGGAAACAAGAUGCUUCGGAGAAGGACAGUGGCCCUAUGGGCUCCCCAGCAUUCCUUCUUUCUCUCUUUGAUGGGGGAACCAGAGGACGUCGUUGUGCCAUUGAAGCAGACAUGAAGAUGAAGAAAUGAUGCAAAGGCAGGAGACACCCCAGUCUUUGUCAUCCGAAUGAGAGUUUUCCUGAUUCGGAACGAGACACAGCUAUGGAUGGCUGUCCGUAUUAAUGUGUGUUAUCCUGGAAUGUGUAACUGGGGAAAUCCCAGGCCCAGGAAAACAAUCCUCUGCCUGUUCUAAGGCAGCUGUAUUCAGGUCCUGUUAGUGUUCUAUUAGCUAGCAACUGGUGGCUAGUAUGUAUUGUAAUGUGAUGUGUACAGAUUUUUUAUGUAUUUGUGGAUUGUAAAUGUGUAUAAUAAAUUGUAGUAGAGAAUCAA